AUGGCUCCCCCCACAGCAACUGAGACCGCCAGCUCCAUCACUGUGCAAGCGCCGCAGUCUUCACAGGCAGCUGGGCUCGAAAAGGCCAAGGUGAAGAUGCAGAUGCCGGCAAUGCCCAAAUUCGAGGACAAGCUGGAAGAGCGAAAGUAUCUCAAGGGCCGACUGGCUGCGGCUUUCCGGAUCUUUGGCAAGAAUGGUUAUGAUGAGGGUGUUGCUGGCCAUAUUACCCUCCGCGAUCCCGUCGAUCCCACCACCUUCUGGGUGAAUCCCUUCGGAACGGCCUUUUCGCUCAUGAAGGCGUCAGAUUUGAUCCAGGUCGAUCAUUCCGGCAAAGUCAUUGACGGCGGCCCGAAUCGCAUGCUCAAUGCCGCGGCCUUUAUGAUCCACUCUGCUAUUCACACCGCGCGCCCGGAUGUACUCUGCGCUGCUCAUAGUCACAGUCUUCAUGGUCGGGCGUUCUGCUCGCUGGGUCGACCGCUUGAUAUUACAACGCAAGAUUCCUGCGCUUUCCAUAAUGACCACGUUGUGUAUAAGCAGUUCAACGGCGUUGUUCUCGCCGAGGAAGAAGGUCAUAAUAUCGCCAGAGAGCUGGGCGAUAAGAAGGCCGCGCUCCUGCAGAAUCACGGCCUUUUGACUGUCGGACAAUCGAUCGAGGAGACGGUAUUUUGGUUCGUGAGCUUGGACAAGUGCUGCUACGCACAGCUUCUCGCGGAUGCGGCGGCGACCGGACGCGGGGGGCAAACGGUGAAAAUUGAUGAAGCAGAUGCCGCAUUUACUUACAAAACGGUCGGUACGCCGAUGGCAGGUUGGUUUAGCGCGAAGCCCUUGUUUGAUGUCAUCCAUCACGAGACGAAGGGGGAGUACCUGGAGUAG